AUGGUGCAGAAGCAACAAGCACUAAUCGACGUUUUGACUUCGCAACGCAAGGAAGUCACAGUUGAGGGCAUAAGCCUACCUCGCUUCUAUGGAAAUAUGGGCGACUCGGUUGAGUUGUAUUUCGACCAAGUUGUUCAUUACUUUGAGGCGAAGGACAUUGAUUGGCAAGAUGAGAAUCAGAGUAAGCGCAUUAUUGCCCUGAUGACCGCCAAUUUCAGGGGAAAUGCUGCUGCAUGGUACAUGCUUUGCAGGGAUUCCAUCAGUGACGUCCAAGACUUGAUCCAGAAGCUCACGAAGGAAUUCGUUCCUCCGGACCUUCAGGAGCGCUUUCAAGAUCGAUUGUACAGUCUCAAGCAAAAACGUUGUUCUAGCUUAGAGGACUACAUCUCUCGAUUCCGCGUUGCUAUCAUGUAA